AGAUUUUCGGGUCACGAAUAUAAUCUGAUGUUUCUUUAGUCAAAACCUUCUAUCCGAGUGAGCCUAAAAAUCAGCAACUUAAAUGCGAAAACAAUGAAAUUAUGCUGCUCCUGAUCGGCCGACGAGAGCCACCCUUUGUGGGAUUUGAAGUUCUUGAAGGAGCCUAUGCAUGGGGGUAGAAGAAGGAACAAGUCGAAGCGACCAAGGUUGGAGAAGAAGGGCAGUCAGUAUCAGUGGACUCACUUCACCGCCCUCGUGUUUUUCUGGGUGGCUCAGAGUUGCUUAUAUCUGAUAUCUCAGUAUCAAGGGAAGUAGGCAUGCCAGACCUUUCACAGGAUGUCAUUGCAGACAUACUCUCUCGACUUCCUCUGAAGUCUGUGUGUCGACUCAGGUGCGUGUCAAAGUCAUGGUUCAAUCUUACCACCGAACCCCACUUCAUCAACACCCAUCUCAACCGGCACCGGAAGAAGCAGAAAAUCAUUCUCAGUUCUAAUAAUUCCCUAUUCUCCUUGGACCCUGAAGCACCUAUAGAUGAUGAUAUGUUACCCUUGGAGAUUGAUUUUCCACUUAAGAACCAUCCCAACACUGAGUGGGUUCACAUGUUUGGUUCCUGUAAUGGUUUGGUCUGCAUCAUGCCUCAGCCAGAAGCCUUCUUUAUAUUCAAUCCUACCACUAGAGAGUCCUUGAGAGUACCAGAUUGCCCCAUGUCAAGUCAUAUUUGUCCUCCAGAACCACAAGAAGCUAUGUUUCAUCAUGCAUAUAGUUUUGGUUAUGCUCCUUCGAUUGAUGAUUACAAAUUUGUCAAGGUUGCUUAUGGAUGCAUGGUACUCAUUUUUUCAUUGAAAAGCAGUUCAUGGAAAAGGGUUCAAGACUUUCCUUACAAACAUCAUUUGGAGAAGUCAGGGACGACUCUCAAUGGAGCUGUCCACUGGUUAUGCAGACGCCUUGAAGUUGGAGGUACCUGUGUGAUUGCUGCUUUUGAUUUAGCACAGGAGAAGUUCUCUGAUUUGCCCCUGCCUGAAUCUGUCACAGAUUAUAAGAGAUUUACAACUGGUGUUUUGAGAGGGUGUCUUUGUUUACUACACCAGCACGAUAGGCGACACUCAUUUUGGAUUAUGAACAAGUACGGGGUGAAAGAGUCUUGGACUAUGAUUAUGAUAACCGACUCAUAUUCUUCUAUUUCUUUGAAGCCAUUAUGUUACUGGAAGGAUACCAAGAUAUUACUGGCAAGGAGUUGGAAACAAUUACUUCUUUGCAAUCCAAAUGAUGGAACUUGCAAAAAUUUCUUGGGAAAUGGCCUUCCGGACAAAUUCUGUGCUGAUGUGUAUGAGGAAUGCCUCAUCUCUCCGAACUUAUGGUUCCGAAGGAACUCGCGGUUGCGUUUAGCCCCGAUUACAGUACUCUACACAUUUCUACUUCUAGUGCACAUGAACUACUUGCUUCUUGUAACUGAGUUGAGCAAGUUUCUGACCAAAAAAAGCAACUGAGCAAGUCUAGGUCUUGUGGUUUAUGAAGUUGUUCCUUGACAUCCUUGUGUCUCUGACCUUCACUUAGUUUGAAUUAAUUUGUAGUUGUUGAGGUUCAAGAAUGACAGUGACUAUUAAGCAUAAUUCAGUAAGGAUUUUAUUUCAUUUGCUUUGGUUGCCAGGAAAAUAGAAAAAGAGGCGCGCACAAUUACUUUUGCUGCUCCAAAUUGCACUGUGUUCUCUCGUCGACAUUUUUGCUCCUCAUGCACUGUAAUAAUCCAAGUUCAGUUCAAUUUCCUGGUGUAAGUAAACGAGCUAUGCAUUACUGAAAUGAAUCUUCUGCAUGCAAACGGCAACAUCAAGCUACAUGAAUUGGACUUGUCUUCUUCAAAUGCAUGUGUGCAUUUCUGAAGUGGACUUGAGCUCCUAUUAUGCUGCGCAAAACAACUGCAAUUCUAGCUUUCAGGAUUUUGCAACGGAUGAAGAACUCGUGUGCCUGAGACGAAACCCCACCGUCACCAAAUUUGUUGACUAAACUUGUUUACGUUACCUAAUACUAUGUUGGUAUACAUGCUAAUGGAUUCAUCUGGGGUACAGAUUCGUGAGUAUUUGCAUAUGAUAAGAAAUGUGAACUUGUUUAUCUAACGGCUACGAUAGUAUUUAAUGUUCUUAUUGUUGAGAAUUAUAUUUAUGUAAAACA